GUGCAGUGAGCAGCGAGCCCUAGCUAGGUACCUGGUCUGGAGUAGGACAGAUGACAAUGGUAGCUGCGCUGGGGCUCUGCUCCUCCUCCUUCUUCCAUGUGGUGGUGAUGGUGGCCGUAAUGUACGUGGUCCGGAGGCUGUGCUCAUCCGCACCCGGGGCGCUCCCUCCGGGGCCGUGCCCGUGGCCGGUGGUAGGUAGCCUCCCGGAGCUCAAGUUAUUUAACAAGCUGCCGGCGUUCCGGUGGAUCCAUCAGGUGAUGGAGAAGAUGAACACCGACAUCGCCUGCUUCCGCCUCGGCGGCGUCCACGUCAUCCCGAUCACGUGCCCUCGUAUCGCCAGGGAGGUGCUCAAGAAGCAGGACGAGAUCUUCGCGUCCCGCCCGGAGACGUUCGCGUCGUGCGUGGCCAGCGGAGGCUACGUGGAGGCGGCGCUGGCGCCGUUCGGCGUGCAGUCCACCAAGAUGCGGCGGGUGCUCACCUCCGACAUCAUCUCCCCGUCCCGUCACAAGUGGCUCCACGACAAACGCGUCGAGGAGGCCGACAACAUCUCGUGGUACAUUUACAACCUCACCGGCGGUGAGGAGGGCGGCAACGUGGACGUAAGGCACCUCUCGCGGCACUACUGCGGCAACGUCAUACGCCGGCUCCUCUUUGGCACGCGCUACUUCGGGGAAGCCGGCCACGGCGGCGGCCCCGGGAAGCUGGAGAUGGAGCACAUGGACGCCUCCUUCGCCGCGCAGGGGAUCCUCUACUCCUUCUGCAUCAGCGACUACCUGCCGUCGCUACUGGGGCUGGACCUGGACGGCCACGAAAAGAUUGUCAAGGACGCUAACGCGGUGCUGGACAGACUGCAUGACGGGGUCAUCGACGAGCGGUGGAAGCAGUGGAAGGCCGGCGAGAGGGGAGAGGUGCAGGACUUCCUCGACGUGCUCAUCACACGUAGAGACCCUAGAUUGACCAUGGAGGAGGUGAAGGCGCAGGCCAAGCUCAUCAACCUGGCGGCGGUGGACAACCCAUCCAACGCCGCAGAGUGGGCGCUGGCGGAGAUGGUGAAGAAUCCGGAGCUGCUGGGGCGGGCGGCGGAGGAGCUGGACCGGGUGGUGGGGAGGGAGCGGCAGGUGCAGGAGUCGGACAUCCCCCAACUCAACUACGUCAAGGCCUGCAUCCGGGAGGCGUUCAGACUGCACCCCAUCGCCCCCUUCAACGUGCCGCACGUCGCCCUCGCCGACACCGUCGUCGCCGGCUACCGCGUGCCCAAGGGCAGCCACGUCCUCCUCAGCCGCCUCGGCCUCGGCCGGAACCCGGCCAUCUGGAACGACCCGCUCCGCUUCAACCCCGACCGCCAUCUGGAAGGAGCAGGCGGCAACCUGGAGCUCACCGAGAACGAGCUGCGCUUCAUCUCCUUCAGUACAGGCCGCCGCGGCUGCGUCGCCCCCAUGCUCGGCACGGCCAUGACCGUAAUGCUUUUCGGCAGGCUCCUCCAUGGCUUCACCUGGUCUAAGCCGGCGGAGAUGCCGGAUAUUCAGCUCACCGAGUCCCACAACGACCUCUCCAUGGCUAAGCCGCUGGUGCUUCACGCCAAGCCACGCCUGCCGCUGCACCUCUACCGCCCGUGAAUUCGAUCGUCGAUCUCCCUCAAGUUACUACUCCACUCCCUAGUAGUGUAGUUAAUAAUAACCGGACCUGCUCCUGCUCAUGCUCAUGCUCCUGUCCGGCCGGAACAAUAUUGAUCCAUUAAUAAGUUUGUUGUCAUCUUUCCCUUCACACACACACUAGACCACUUUGAUUCCGAGUAAUAAUAAUAUUAUUUAGGGAGAAUUAUCCUUUUGCCCAAA